GGAGUUUUGGAUCCGCACAGCGCGCAACCAGGCAUGGACGCACCACCAACAACAACAACGAGCAGCACGUCGAUGUCGAUGCCGGUGCCAAUGAUGAUGGAGAAGAAGCUGCCAAGCGCCAGCAAGAAGCACUCGGGCAUGAACGGCGGGCGCUGGACCGACGAGGAGCACGAGAGCUUCCUCCUCGGGCUCAACCUCUACGGCCGCGAGUGGAAGCGUGUCGCGUCCAAGAUCAAGACGCGGACGUCGGCGCAGAUCCGGAGCCACGCCCAAAAGUACUUUGCCAAGUUGGCCAAAGACGCCGAGAUGCAGCUCUCAGGCGAGAAGGUCGAGAACCCCGUCAACAUGUCGGACGAAGACGACGCCGCGAGCACUGCGCCGAGCGAGGCCGAAACGGACAUGGGCGACCUCAGCCCGCCGCGCAAGCCACGGGAUAACGCGAAUGACGACUCGUCGAUCAUUCCGUCCCAAGAAGAGCUCCUCUCGACGGUCGUGUCGCCGGUGCUACGCGAGCGCGUCUCGACGCUUGUCGACGCCGAAGUCUGCGCGCUCCAAGUGCUCUCGUGGUACGCGGCGUCAGCUACCAACACGAACGCCAACUGUCCACCGACGAAGCGGCUGUGCAUUGAGGAAAAAAGCCGCAGCUGACGUUGCACAUUAAAAAGUCUGGCGCGACGCUCAUUCCGCUCGUCCCGCGGGCGCCGCUCGUCGUGCUCUCGAGUACGCCGACCUCCCGCGUCCACGCGGAUCCCCUCACGCACUUUUCGGCCAUUAGUCUUGCCAAGUCCGUAUGAUUUAAGCCCCAUUGUAGCAUACUCUCCUCGUCCCAA